AUGAAUGAGGCUGCGCUCAUCAUUAUUGGCAGGUUCCGACGAGCGUCGGGCGCGAAGAGGGUUUGGUGUGAAAAGCUCGAAGGUGCGACGAAAUGCGACUUUGCGGCGAAGUGGGUGCAAAGCGGGGAUGUUGGACCACACGGACUAGCGAGAGGCCGUCGGAGAGGAAAGGAGUGUCAUUCCUGGUGGCAGAAGAUGCGCACGCAGGGCCGUGAGAUGAACAACGAUGCUCGAGGGACGAUUGAUGGCGGCGGAGGAGAUGGCCGACGAGGAGGCGAGGCCAGUCGCGGCGGAGCGAGUUGA